AUGGCCACAGCAACAGAGAUCCAAGCCGCCCUGGAGCCCGAGGCGGCCCAGGUCAAGGUUGUCUUUACCACUACCGACGAAGACAUCCAACUCCCCGAGUCCAAGAGGCAGCUUCUCGUCCCUGCAGCGUUUCCUAACUAUUGCAACCCCCAAGACAUCCGAAGAUAUGGCCUCUCGCGCAUCCUCAACUCCGAGUCCAUGCUCGACACCCCGACCGCCAUCCCCUUCGACUUCCUCGUCAACGGCACCUUCCUCCGGACCACCCUCGAGGACUACCUCAAGGAGAACGGCCUCUCCUUCGAGUCCCAGGUCACGCUGCAGUACGUCCGGAGCCUGAUACCGCCCGUCUACGAGGCGAGCUUCGAGCACGACGACUGGGUCAGCGCCGUGGACGUGCUCUCGGCGACUUCUGCGGCGGGGCGGUGGUCGGGCGACGGCUUCGCCCAGGGCCAGGACCGCAUCCUCUCGGCCUCCUACGACGGCCUCUUGAGGGUGUGGAACGGGUCCGGCCAGGCCAUCGCCACGUCCCCGGCGGGCAGCCUCGGCGGCCACACGGCAGGCAUCAAGGCGGCCAAGUUCCUCUCGGCCUCGCAGAUCGCCUCCGCGGGCAUGGACAGGACGGUCCGGGUCUGGAAGUACAGCGAGAGCGACGACCACUUCAGCGGCGCCCUGAAGCCGACGCUGGAGCUCUACGGUCACAAGGGCAGCAUCGAGUCGCUCGACGUGGAUGGCAAGGCGAAGCGCGUCCUGACUGCGUCUGCGGACGGAUCAAUUGGUCUCUGGUCAACAUCAAAGGCCUCGGCACCCGACGCUCCAGCAGAGCUGCUCCCCGCGACCCACGCGACAAAGCGCAGAAAGUUGACCUCGUCCGUCAGCGUGCCCCAGAAGGGCGCACUGUCCCUGAUGCCCGUCCACAACGCCCCCGCCAACGCUGCCAUCUUCGACCCGCGAGACAGGACCGUUGGCUACUCAGUCUCGCAUGACCACACCCUCCGCACCCUCGAUCUGACGACCGGCGCCGUGGUCAGCACUCUCACACUAUCCAACCCUCUCCUCUCUCUAUGCGCCCUCCCAGGUAUCUCCACGCCGCUCCUGGCAGCAGGCACAUCAGCGCGCAACGUCACUCUGGUCGAUCCGCGUGCCUCCGCCACUACUACGUCGGUCAUGACGCUGAGAGGACACCUGAACAAGGUCGUGAGCCUGGCUGCGUCGCCCGACAGCAACUACGCGCUGGUUUCGGGCUCUCACGACGGCACCGUGCGGAUCUGGGAUCUCCGCAGCGUCCGGCCCACGAGCAAGGACGAAGGCGCGGGCAGCGUGAGCGAGGCUGUCUAUGUUAUCGACAGGGAGAGCAGGGAAGGCAAGAAGAGAGCCCUGGCUGGAGAAGGCUGCAAGGUAUUUGGUGUUGCUUGGGAUAAGUCCUGGGGUAUCGUGAGCGGUGGUGAGGACAAGAGGGUGCAAAUUAACAGGGGUCGUGAUAUCAUUGCGUCAUCCUGA